ACAGGCCGCAGAGCACCUCCGUAGAAGGAAGAGGUCUGCUUCGCUCUCUUCCUUUCCAGUGCUUUGCACUCGUAAAUCCAAAGUUGGUAGGAGAGCUCUCGCCGGCGAAGAUUGAUUGCCGGCCGACUGGAUUCGAUUGGCUUUCAGAGGAUAGAUCUAGCACCGAUGAUCUACACGAUGGAAGAAGGUUGCCCAUUCAACGAGGACAUCUACAGAAACAUACUAUCACGCUUCCCGGCAAAAUUGCUUCUGCAAUACAAGAUCAUAUGCAAGCAGUGGAAUUCCAUAAUCUCAGACCUGCACUUCACAUCCGAGCAGGCUCGCCACUCCUGCACAGCAAAACAAGAGUUCUUUGCCUCGAUCUAUUCCAAAUCCUCAAGAUCCUUCCUGUGGAACGCUUCAUCAGCAGGCAUCCCCAGUUCAUUGCAGGGCUUCCUGCAGCAGAAGGGUGCCGACCUCGUUGCUUCCUGCAACGGCCUUCUGUGCUGCUGGAACUAUGACGGCCUCUCGAGCUCCGUUUCUAUACUGAACCCCAUCAACAUGGACUUCUUCACCCUUCCGCCACCCAUUCAAGAAGAAACACCCAUGGAUCCCGAGUCGCCCAGCAGGUUCUCCACAGAGACCAGCGUUGGUUUGGCGUUUGACCCUUGCAUAAGCACCCCCUCCUUCAACUACAAAGUGGUUCUCGUCCAAGCCCUUGUUUCAAAAUGGGAAGCUUCAUACGAGUCUUGCCAUGACGUUAAGUUCCAGAUUUACUCGUCCCAAACUGGUGCAUGGGCUAUGUCAAAUGAAACCAAUGUCUGCCGUACUGUUUCUGAUUCAUGUCCCGUCUUUCAUGGUGGGAUCCUGUUUUGGCUGUGUAUUCGUGAACACAUCCUCGCUUUUGAUGUUGAGAAAGAAGAGUCCUGGUUGAUGAAGUUUCCGUCGGGAAACGUGGAGGAGAAGAUCAUGAACUCCAACUCGCCUCCAUGUUGGGAUGAUGAAUGGCUUGGAGCUUCAGAGGGAAGCCUCUAUUUUGUGCGGACGGGGAUCACUAGGCUGAAUAUAUGGACUGCAGAGAGCUGCAGGCCAGAUGCUAAAUGGUUGAUGAAGUACAGCGUCUGCCUGCAGACUGUGGUAGACAAUCACUUUUAUCUGCUGAACUCCAUAGUGAAGAAGCCAACGAACUGCAGUGAUGAGAUGGUGUGCCUGAGAAAGAAUUCGCAUCUGAAGCUGCACGAGAUGGACACGAAGCUCUUUCAUCCACUGUGUUACUGUGGUGAUGGCAUCGUGCUGCUAAGGGCUGCUGAUAGCAUCCUCUCUUACAAUGUGAAGACCAAGAAGCUGAACGAGCGUUUAAAUUCUCCCAAUAUGAACUUUGUCUGUGUGUACCCUUACAGCAGCAGCCUGAUGUCCAUGAAACUCUUUCAAGGACAUUAAGGCAAGGCAACCCAAUUAAGGCAAGGCAACCCAAUAGGUUAGAGAGAGAGAGAGAGAGAGAGAGAGAUGGUGUUAAGGCUUGCUUAAAACUUUAUGUUAUGUGUAGUAUGCUUAUCUAUAUACUAGAGUUUCAACUUAA